UCUGCCUGGCCACACCUGUGCCUGUCUGCCUGCUGGGAAACGAGGACAGAGGGUGUCCGACCUUCCUUGGCCUUGUGAGGGAUGGGGUCCCCUAAAGAGAAGAAGGCUCCUCGUUUGUUUUGAGCAAUGUUAUCUAAUAAAACUGAUGAUGGGACUGUUCCAUGAUCUGCACUGUCCCUUUAAAAUGAUGGGAUGAGCCCACUAUGGCUAGUGCACACUUGAAAUGUGGUCAGUGACACUGAGGAAUGGGGCUUUUCAAUUUAAUUAAUUUAAAUGAGUUGCCACAUGUGCUCAUGGCUGCUGUGUUGGACAGUGUGGGACUGGGGAUUGUAUGUACCCUCUGUAGCCUGGCUUCCAGGCCCUCCCAUGUGACACAUGUCACAUAAGAUGAGCUGGAACUGCCCCUCCUCCAUUUCUUUGCUCCUGUGUUCUUGUUUCCAGGCCUCCUCCUGCCUGUCCGCCCAUUGGAUGUGCUCCGACCGACGAAGCUUUGCCUGACUUUUCCCAGCCAGAGGGCACUUGUGUCUGCUCCUGUUGUCUCUGCAGCACCAUGAAUGCCAUUGUCGCUCUCUGUCACUUCUGUGAGCUCCAUGGCCCCCGCACUCUCUUCUGCACUGAGGUUCUGCAUGCCCCACUUCCGAAAGGGGCGGGGGACAGCCAUGGCCAGGGUGAACAGGCGGAAGAAGAGGAGGGCGGCAUUCAGAUGAGCAGUGGGACCUGCACUCACAGCCCAGCUGAAGGGGCUGGCGCAGAGUCCAGCAGCCCAGGACCCAAAAAGUCGGACAUGUGCGAGGGCUGCCGAUCACUUGCUGUGGGGCACCCUGGGUAUAUCAGCCAUGAUAAAGAGACUUCGAUUAAAUAUGUCAGUCACCAGCACCCCAGCCACCCCCAGCUCUUCAGCAUCGUCCGCCAGGCUUGCGUGCGGAGCCUGAGCUGUGAGGUUUGCCCUGGUCGCGAAGGCCCUAUCUUCUUUGGGGACGAGCAGCAUGGGUUCGUGUUCAGCCACACCUUCUUCAUCAAAGACAGCCUGGCCCGGGGCUUCCAGCGCUGGUACAGCAUCAUUGCCAUCAUGAUGGACCGGAUCUACCUCAUCAACUCCUGGCCCUUCCUGCUUGGGAAGAUCCGAGGGAUCAUCGAUGAGCUCCAGGGCAAGGCUCUCAAGGUGUUUGAAGCCGAGCAGUUUGGGUGCCCACAGCGAGCCCAGAGGAUGAACACAGCUUUCACACCGUUCCUGCACCAGAGGAACGGUAAUGCCGCCCGCUCACUGACCUCCUUGACAAGCGAUGACAACUUGUGGGCGUGCUUGCACACCUCCUUUGCUUGGCUCCUGAAAGCGUGCGGCAGCCGGCUGACCGAGAAGCUCCUAGAGGGUGCACCCACGGAGGACACCUUGGUCCAGAUGGAGAAGCUCGCGGAUUUGGAAGAGGAAUCAGAAGGCUGGGACAACUCUGAGGCUGAAGAAGAAAGAGCCCCUGUCUUGCCAGAGGGCGCAGAGGGGCCGGAGCUGACCAAGUGCCCCACAGACUCUUCCUUGCUCUCAGACUGUGAUAGCUGGCAGCCCCGGAAGCUGUCUGUCUUUAAGUCUCUUCGGCACAUGAGGCAGGUCCUGGGUGCCCAGUCUUUCCGCAUGCUGGCCUGGCACGUUCUGAUGGGGAACCAGGUCAUCUGGAAAAGCAGAGACCCCGACCUGGUGCUGUCAGCUUUUGAAGUGCUUCAGACCAUGCUACCAGUGGGCUGUGUCCGUGCCGUCCCUUACAGCAGCCAGUACGAGGAGGCCUACCGGUGCAACUUCCUGGGGCUCGGCCCACAUGUGCAGGUGCCUGCCCAUGUGCUUGCCUCAGAGUUUGCUGUUGUGGUGGAAGUCCACGCAGCCGCUCGCUCCAGCCUCCACCCUGCCGGCUGUGAGGACGAUCAGCCUCUCAGCAAGUACGAGUUCUCAGUGACCAGUGGGAGUCCUGUAGCUGUAGACAGAGUUGGCCCGACCAUUUUGAAUAAGAUAGAAGCUGCUUUGACUAACCAGAAUCUGUCUGUGGAUGUGGUUGACCAGUGCCUCAUUUGCCUCAAGGAAGAGUGGAUGAACAAAGUGAAGGUCCUUUUUAAAUUCACUAAGGUGGACAGUCGACCCAAAGAGGACACCCAGAAGCUCCUGAGUAUCCUUGGAGCAUCCGAGGAGGACAAUGUCAAGCUGCUCAAAUUCUGGAUGACAGGCCUGAGCAAAACCUACAAGUCACACCUCAUGUCCACAGUCCGUAGCCCUAUGACCUCAGAGCCUCGGAAUUGACCCCGCUGUGGACAUCAGCAUGAUGUGCUUCUGGGACAUGGGGAUGGCCACCCUCACCAUUGUGCUCCCAUUUCCGAACUGCUGGUGUGGAGCCGUUUCUGAGCAAGGAAUGGAAAUUGUUGGGGCUGAAUUGUGCCUGUGGGGGGUGUUUGAGCCUGGUGUAGUUCUUGGGGCCAUCCCACAAGCUGCUCCAAUUGCCCCAGCCUGAAGAGGACACUGGGAGACUUGUGCAAGGGACCAGUCCCUGCAUUGGUGCACCCCUGUGAGACAAGAUGAAGGAAAUUGUGUGUCUCCAGUCUCUUGUGCACUUAGAUAUCAAAAUUUAUAAGGAAAAUUUUAGUUACAAUAUCAUACCCUGUCUCGAGGUUAACAUUCAAAACUUUCUAUUCUGAAAUUCAGCAAGAGUUUUCCAGGCUUUAUAUGCAUGAAUAUAUGUAUUGCUACAGUUGUGGGUUUCCAAGACACAUGCUGACCCUUAUCUUAGUCACUUUACUAACCUGAUGUUGAGUUAGGGCUCUGGGAAAGGCUUUUGGAGUGAAGAGGAUGGAUGUGUUUCUUAUAGUUACACCCUCUGGAAUGCGUGUUCUGAAGUCUUGUGACCACCAAGGCUUCUGGCCAUGCUUUCCUGAGGUUGCUUUAAAAUUGCACACUGCAUGGUGGAA